AUGGAGCUUACAAUGGAGAAUAUUGGGAAUAUCCACGGAGUGAGCCAAUCGAGCGACCUGAUGAACAGUUCCCACAAUCGCCAGCCUUCUCACCGUAAUCUCACCUCGCACGGCCGGCCUGCCAUGGUGUCGAGUAUGGCUUCCAUCCUGGAAGGAGGCGAUUACCGUCCGGAUCACAGCCUGUCCGGCCCCCUGCACCCCGCCAUGAGCAUGUCCUGUGAAAGUCCACCUGGGAUGAGCCUCAGCAGCACUUACACCACGCUGACCCCCCUCCAGCACCUGCCGCCCAUCUCGACGGUGUCUGAAAAAUUCCACCACCCUCACCACCACCACCAUCACCACCACCAUCCGCACCAGAGAUUGCCGGGCAAUGUCAGUGGCAGCUUCACCCUCAUGAGGGACGAGAGGGGCUUGCCCUCCAUGGGCAACCUCUACAGUCCUUACCACAAGGACAUGGCAACAAUGGGCCAGCCGCUGUCCCCUCUCUCCAAUGGACUCGGUACUUUGCACAACUCUCAGCAGCCCCUGACUCCUUACGGUGGACACAUGGCCAACGAGAAGAUGCUGUCUCCAAAUGGCUUCGACUCGCACUCUGCGAUGCUCUCCAGAGGCGACGAGCACCUGGCAAGGGGGCUGGCGGCUCCAGCAGCCGGGAUGAUGGCCCAUCUCAACGGGAUGCAUCAUCACAGCCACCACCACGGACAAACUAACGGCUCCAUGCUCUCCUCUGAGCGCGAUCGCCAGGCGUCAGUGUCCGGGUCUCAAGGCAGCGGCUCCAACCAAGUGGAGGAGAUCAACACCAAGGAGGUGGCCCAGAGGAUCACCGCCGAGCUGAAACGCUACAGCAUCCCCCAGGCCAUUUUUGCACAGCGAAUCCUGUGCAGGUCGCAGGGGACCCUCUCAGACCUGCUGAGGAACCCCAAACCCUGGAGUAAGCUCAAAUCCGGCCGAGAGACCUUCAGGCGGAUGUGGAAAUGGCUUCAGGAACCUGAAUUCCAAAGAAUGUCUGCCCUAAGGCUUGCAGCUUGCAAGCGUAAAGAGCAAGAGCAAAACCGAGAUCGAGCCACCACCCCCAAAAAGCAGCGGCUUGUCUUCACUGAUCUCCAGCGCCGCACCCUGAUUGCCAUAUUUAAGGAAAACAAACGGCCAUCCAAAGAAAUGCAGGUCACCAUUUCGCAGCAGCUGGGGCUGGAGCUCAACACAGUCAGCAACUUCUUCAUGAACGCCCGCAGGCGAAGCAUGGACAGAUGGGUGGACGAGCCGUCUACUACCACUGGGCCACCAGCGUCAGCUGCAAGCACUUUUACCAAAGCGUGA